CCAUGCAAGGCCCGAGUGUGGCUCUGUGGCUCUUCCUGGCUCUGCGCACUGCGCUCAGCGGGAGGGAGGUGCAGUGGUGCACCACCUCAGACCCCGAGCAGCAGAAGUGCAGUGACAUGAGCAAGGCCUUCCAGAGAGCCGGGAUCCAGCCCUCCCUUCUGUGCGUCCAGGGCACCUCAGCCGACCACUGUGUCCAGCUCAUCUCGGCUCGGGAAGCUGAUGCCAUCACUCUGGAUGGAGGAGCCAUUUACGAGGCCGGAAAGGAGCUCGGCCUGAAGCCCGUGGUGGGUGAAGUGUAUGAUCAAGAGGUUGGUACCUCCUAUUAUGCAGUAGCUGUGGUCAAGAGGAGCUCCAACCUAACCAUCAACACCCUGAAGGGCAUGAGGUCCUGCCACACGGGCAUCAACAGGACAGUGGGCUGGAACGUGCCCGUGGGCUACCUGGUAGAGAGUGGCAGCCUCUCGGUGAUGGGAUGUGACGUGCUCAAAGCUGUCAGCGAGUAUUUUGGGGGCAGCUGCGUCCCAGGGGCAGGAGAGACCAGUUACUCCAAGUCCCUCUGUCGCCUCUGCCGGGGCAACGACGCUGGGGAGGGGGUGUGUGACAAGAGCCCCCUGGAGAGAUACUACGACUACAGCGGGGCCUUCCGGUGUCUGGCAGAAGGGGCAGGGGACGUGGCCUUUGUGAAGCACAGCACUGUCCUGGAGAACACGGACGGGAAAACCCUGCCCUCCUGGGGCCAGGGGCUGCUGUCACAGGACUUCAAACUGCUGUGCCCAGAUGGCAGCUGGGCCGAUGUCACUGAAUGGAGACAAUGUCACCUGGCCCGGGUGCCUGCUCAUGCCGUGGUGGUCCGGGCUGACACAGAUGGAGGCCUCAUUUUUCGGCUGCUCAACGAAGGCCAGCGUCUGUUCAGCCAUAUGAACAGUAGCUUCCAGAUGUUCAGCUCUGAGACCUACGGCCAGAAGAACCUGAUAUUCAAAGACGCCACCACUGAGCUGGUGCCCAUCGCCACACAGACCUAUGAGGCGUGGCUGGGCCCCGAGUACCUGCGGGCCAUGAAGGGUCUCCUCUGUGACUCCAACCGGCUGCCCCGCUACCUGCACUGGUGUGUGCUGUCCACUCCGGAGAUCCAGAAGUGCGGGGACAUGGCUGUGGCCUUCAGCCGGCAGAGCCUCAGGCCGGAGAUCCAGUGUGUGUCGGCUGAGUCCCCGCAGCACUGCAUGGAACGCAUCCAGGCUGGGCAAAUCGACGCUGUGACCCUGCGGGGCGAGGACAUUUACACAGCAGGGAAGACAUACGGCCUGGUUCCUGCAGCUGGGGAGCAGUAUGCCCCGGAGGACAGGAGCAACUCAUACUUCGCGGUGGCCGUGGUGAAGCGGAACAGCUCCUACGCCUUCACCCUGAACGAGCUUCGGGGCAAGCGCUCCUGCCACUCGGCCUUCGGCAGCCCCUCUGGCUGGGACAUCCCUGUGGGCGCCCUCGUGCGAAGGGGCUUCAUCCAGCCCAAGGACUGCGACGUCCUCACAGCGGUGAGCGAGUUCUUCAGUGCCAGCUGUGUGCCCGUGAACAACCCCAAGCACUACCCGUCUUCGCUGUGUGUGCUCUGCGUGGGGGACGAGCAGGGCCGCAACAAGUGCGUGGGCAACAGCCAGGAGAGGUACUUCGGCUACAGCGGCGCCUUCAGGUGCCUGGUUGAGAAUGCAGGGGAUGUCGCCUUUGUCACGCACACGACUGUCUUUGACAACACAAAUGGCCACAAUUCUGAGCCUUGGGCUGCUGCGCUCAGCUCGGAGGACUAUGAGCUGCUGUGUCCCAAUGGGGCCCGGGCCGAGGUGUUUCAGUUCAAAGACUGUAACCUGGCACAGAUUCCGUCCCAUGCUGUCAUGGUGCGGCCGGACACCAACAUCUUUGCCGUGUACGGACUGCUGGACAAGGCCCAGGAAGUGUUUGGAGAUGACCACAAUGAGAACGGCUUCAAAAUGUUCGACUCCUCUGACUACCACGGCCAAGAUCUGCUUUUCAAGGAUGCCACGGUCCGAGCGGAGCCUGUGCGGGAGAAAACCACGUACCUCGACUGGCUGGGCCCCGACUACGUGGCCGCUGUGGAGGGGAUGCUGGCUCAGCAGUGCUCCGGGGCAGCAAGAUCAUCUGACUGGCCCAUUGUGGGCAGGUGUCUCCUAUGGGACCAAUCAGCUCAGGCCAACAGCAAAGGAGACGUGGCCACUGAGGCCCGGAGAACAAGGAAACGAAGCAGUGUGAGCCAGGCAGCCCCCAGCGGUGACUCCCAGGCCGCUUUAGGUGAUAGCGGGCUUUCAUUGGGAUCCCCUUGUCGGCAGAGGGAUGCUGGCUGGAGCCCUGCGCCUCAGCGGGAGAAUGAAUGCACCAAAAGCACUACGGAAGGCAUCUGGGUGGAGGAACGGACAGAUGACCACGACAGCCGAGUCUGUGACCAGGCUCAGAAUGCUCAGUUCCACAGAGGUGACCUGGAAGCCUCAGUUCUCUGCUCCACCCCCACCAAUGCUAAACUAUUGAGGCAGAUGAUGAUGGGUGAGAGGCCAGCCCAGGGAGAAGAUCAGACCAUCUGGGUAGCACUUCCCAAGCCCCAAGAUGUGCUCCAAGCCUCUGUUUACCUUCCAUCUGCAAAAAGCAAGGAGCAAGUACAGCCAGGUCUGGCCCACACAUUGACGGCUCAGAGGAUCUCUCUGGUCCCACCGCUUCGACACGUCCAGGAGGGAGAAGUAGCUGGCUCCCCCGUGCUGGUGCUCUGCACACCAGACUUAGUGCCAGUGGGGUGUGCCCAGUUCCCUCACCCUCCCUUUCUCUCCUCCUCCUCCUUCUCUUCUCUCAGCUCAGCUGUCCUAGGGCGUCAGCUGCUGGUUGCUGGAAACUGGCUUCACCCAUCAUGA